GUGAAGAGGAUUCGUACCAAAUUCCCUAAGGUUUUCCCCCGUUGCUGAUACGUUGACGUAAUAAAACUACCAUAUCAACAAACUCGCUUCAUCUUCCUCGUUUUCCUUCGCCAUUCUGUCUGCUCAAUCGACCCAUCGUCGCCAUAGCCACAGAGCUCAGCUCGUUAGGUUCCUCGGUAUGCAGACUAUAUAUGUGUCUGCUUUUCAUUCACGUUUUGGGUAAUAAAGAUCUGGUUUUGCCAAUGAAAACUUCAGGACCCUAGGUUUAGUCGAUUUUAAGGUCUAGGGUUCAUUUGGUAUUUGAAUCACUGAAGAGGAGGUUAGGGGUUGAUCUUAGAUAGAUGGAUUUGGAGGUGGUGAAGAAGGGUUUGGCGUUAAGUCCGAGGAAGAAGAAGUGGCUAAUUGCACUUGGGUUGGUUGGGGUUUCAUCUUAUGGAGCUUACAAAGUUUAUAAUAUGCCAUCUGUUGUGAGGAAGAGGAGGAGGAUUGUGAAGCUGCUGGGAGCUUUGAUUUCUAUGGCUGAGAUGGUGUCUGAAUCUGCUGAAGUGAUGAGUGUGGUCUCGAAUGAUUUGAAGGAAUUUUUGCAGUCUGAUUCGGACGAGGUUCCUAAGAGUUUGAAGCAAUUGUCGAAAAUUGCACAGUCCGAGGAGUUUGCUCAGUCGGUGAGUAGAGUUUCCGAGGCUGUAAUGAUUGGGGUUUUGAGGGGUUAUAGGUCGGAAGAAAAUACGGGCAAGAUUGAUGAGCUUGGAAGUAAAAACUUUUCAGAUAAGCUUAUGGAUAGGCUGACGAGUAGUGCUGGGACUGGUUUCGUUUCUGUGGUUGUUGGUAGCUUUGCGAGGAACUUGGUUAUGGGAUUUUACUCGAACGGCCAACCACAUGAGGGACUGAAUGUGAAAUCAAACCAAUCAGGGUGGGUAGAUUUGUUAUGUGAUGAUCGAUGUAAAGUGCUCAUAGCUGAUUGUAUCAAGACAUUUGUGAGCACUGCAGUUGCUAUGUAUCUUGAUAAGACAGCGGGUGUUAAUUUCUACGAUGAGAUAUUCUCCGGGUUGACUAAUCCCGAGCAUCAUGCCAAAGUGAGGGACAUUCUAGUUUCUCUCUGUAAUGGUGCUGUGGAAACCGUAAUCAAGACAUCCCACCAAGUCUUAACAACUUCUGGAUCGAAAUCUGAUAGAGGUUUGUCUUCCUCACUUCCCAUUGUUGAUCAAAGCGUUGGUUCAGGCCAGUCAAGUGACAAGGCUUUUGAGCAAGUGUCUUCAGGGAAAGUUAAAGAAACGAGAAAAUCCAUUGACCUACAAAGUAACAGAUGGCUGAAUACUGUUUCAUCAACAUUGGCAGUGCCAAGCAAUAGGCGACUCGUGCUCGAUGUGACUGGCAGGGUGACGUUUGAAACUGUCAAAUCCAUUGUCGAGUUCUUCUUAUGGAAACUGUCCGAUAGCUUGAGAAGAAGUGUUAGCGUAAUUCAUAAAGAAGUUAUCGAGCGUGGGCUGGAUGUCAUCAGAUACGUUGGUGCUAAGUCAUAUGUCAUUCUUACGAUAUGCUUUGCAUUCUUUUUGCAUGUACUAGGCAGUACUCAAACUUUAUUGCCUGCCUAAAGUGAUCUUUUCCUAUUCUAUUAGAAAAUGUUGUAGACCAUUCGAUCUAAUAGAAUGGGUACAAACACUUAUUUUUAGUCUAUAAUAGAAAUCUUCUAGGUGCAUUUCUAUAUCGUAUUUGUGAUGAUUUCUUAUCUCUGUUUGGGCAAUAACAGAAGUGAACUUGUGAUUUUUUCCUAUACUAACACGUUGCAGAUGUAAUUGAAGAAAAACGCAUUAUUUC